CACAAAUGUAUUUUUUCAUAACAGCCACCUCAGUCAGUAUGUAGUGAGAGCUGUCCUCCAGGUACCCGCAUGGCCAGAAAGAAAGGGGAACCUGAAUGCUGUUUCGACUGUGUCCCUUGUUCUGAGGGGAAAAUCAGCAAUACAACUGACUCCAUAGAGUGCACCAGUUGUCCAGAGGACUUCUGGUCCAGCCCAAAACAUGACAUCUGUGUGCCUAAGAAGACAGAGUUUCUCUCUUUUCAUGAGCCGUUGGGUAUCUGCUUGACAACUGCCUCAUUGCUGGGCACAUUUCUCUGUUCUGUCGUCCUGGUAAUCUUCAUCCAUCAUCGCAGCACACCCAUGGUACGAGCCAACAAUGCAGAACUGAGUUUCCUCCUCCUAGUGUCACUUAAACUAUGUUUCCUGUGUUCACUUCUGUUUAUCGGCCGCCCCAGAUUAUGGACGUGCAAGUUGAGACAUGCAGCAUUUGGCAUAAUCUUUGUGCUUUGUGUCUCAUGUAUUCUGGUGAAAACUAUGGUGGUUCUUGCCGUGUUCAAAGCCUCCAAGCCAGGAGGUGGAGCUGUUCUCAAGUGGUUUGGUACCAUGCAACAGAGAGGGACAGUCCUGGUUCUUACUUGUAUUCAGGCAGUAAUUUGCACCGUCUGGAUUGUCAUCUCCUCACCAUCUCCACAUAAAAACACCAAAUACUACAAUGACAAGAUAGUGUAUGAAUGUGUUGUUGGGUCCACCAUUGGCUUUGUUGUCUUAUUGGGUUACAUUGGCUUUCUGGCAAUCCUCAGCUUCCUGCUUGCAUUUCUGGCAAGGAAUCUUCCUGACAACUUCAAUGAGGCCAAACUCAUCACUUUCAGUAUGCUUAUUUUCUGUGCUGUGUGGGUGGCCUUUGUCCCUGCUUAUGUCAACUCACCAGGCAAAUAUGCAGAUGCAGUGGAAAUAUUUGCCAUCCUGGCCUCCAGUUUUGGCCUGUUAGUGGCACUGUUUGGACCAAAAUGUUACAUAAUCCUGCUGAGACCAGAGAGGAACACAAAAAAAGCGAUCAUGGGGAGAGAAACCACCAAUUUCUCAAAGUAGCAUCUCUUAAACUUUCAUGUGGUCUGAACCAGUGUGUAUGUUGCAUUUGUUCAGUAGAAAUCUCCCUGAAGUCAGUUUUGCUGCUUACAACUGUGUACUUUGUCUAAUCAGAAAUAAAGCAUAUUUGUGUGUUAUUCAGAUC